UUACCAGAACACGGCCUAUGGGAUCACGAGAUCAAGCUUAAGGAAGGAGCACGACUGAAGUUCUUCAAGAUUUACUACACGAGCCAGACGCAGAACGAAGAACUUAAGCGAUAUUUGGAGGAGAACCUUCGAAGAGGACAUAUCCGCCCGUCGACA